AUGGCGUCUGUGGAGAUGAUUGUAAUGAUGAUGGUGGUGGAGAUGACUGUAAUGAUGGUGGAGGUGGUGGUGAAGACAAUGGUGGGGAUGAUGUAUGAUGAUGGCAAUGAUGACAAUGAUAAUAGUAAUGAUGAUGAUAAUGGUAGUGAUGAUGAUGUUAGUGAUGAUGCUGAUGAAGGUGAUGCUGGCAAUGAUGGUGGUGGUGGAGGUGAUGAUAAUACUAUUGAUGAUGAUGGUUAUGGCUGUGAUAAUAAUGAUAUAGGUGAUGGUAGUAGUGGUGAUGAUGAUGAUGAUGAUGAUGAUGAUGAUGAUGGAGGAGGAGGUUGUGGAAGUGAUGAUGAUGAUGAUGAUGAUGAUAUUAGAGUUGAUGAUAAUAGUGAUGAUGAUAGAGGGGAUGAUGAUGAUGAUGAUGAUGAUAAUGAUGAUGAUAAUGAUGGUUCUGAUGGUGAUGGAGGUGGUGGUCAUGAUGAAGAUUAUGAUAAUGAUGAAGUAUAUGGCAGUAAUGAUGGUGGUUAUGGUGGUGAUGAUGACUACGGCAGUGAUAAUGAUGGUUAUAAUGGUGAUGGAAGUGAUGGUCAUGAUGAGGAUUAUGAUGAUGUAUAUGGCAGUGAUGAUGGUGGAUAUGGUGGUGGUGGUGGUGGUGGUGAUAAUUAUGGCAGUGAUAAUGAUAGCUAUGAUGGUGAUGGUUAUGAUGAUAGAUACAUAUGUUGA